CCGCCACCUCCAAAUUCCUAAUCGGAAAUUUGCUAGGGUUUACUCUUUCGACCUAAAGAAAAUGGAAGUUGAAGAUGACUACCGAAGAAAACAGCAGCUCGUUCUCUUAGCAAUCGUUGUUCUUGCUUCUCUCGCUCUCGUUUCUCUUCUCGUUGCUUUUAGCUACUACUGCUAUAUCAGCAAUAAGGUCUCUAAACGCCUCAAGAUCCGCAAAAGGGCUGAUCUUGAAGAUGGAGGUAGUUUUGAAAAUGUUAAAGAAUUUUCAACUGAGAAAGGUCUCCAAUUAUUCACCUUCAAGCAGCUACACUCUGCAACUGGUGGUUUUAGCAAGUCAAAUGUGGUUGGGCAUGGUAGCUUUGGCCAUGUAUAUAGAGGAGUCCUGAAUGAUGGGAGAAAGGUUGCGAUUAAGCUUAUGGAUCAAGCGGGAAAGCAGGGAGAGGAUGAAUUUAAAGUGGAGGUGGAAUUGUUAAGGCGGCUUCAUUCGCCAUAUUUGUUGGCAUUGCUCGGGUACUGCUCGGAUAACAACCAUAAAUUGCUCGUAUACGAGUUCAUGGCCAAUGGCGGUCUGCAAGAACAUCUAUACCCUGUUGGCAGUUCAAAUUCCAUCAGCGUUAAGUUGGACUGGGAAACACGACUGAGAGUUGCACUCGAAGCUGCCAAAGGUUUGGAGUAUUUACAUGAACACGUAUGCCCCCCAGUAAUUCAUAGGGAUUUCAAGAGCAGCAAUGUUCUGUUGGACAAAAAUCUUCAUGCUAAGGUUUCUGAUUUUGGAUUGGCAAAAAUCGGCUCAGACAAAGCCGGGGGUCAUGUCUCUACUCGAGUUUUGGGGACACAAGGCUAUGUUGCCCCUGAGUAUGCACUAACAGGGCAUUUAACGACAAAAUCAGAUGUUUAUAGUUAUGGGGUUGUCCUCUUGGAGCUGCUCACAGGUAGAGUCCCAGUUGAUAUGAAGAGAACUCCUGGGGAAGCUUCUCUUGUUUCUUGGGCUUUGCCGAGGCUGACCGACAGGGAGAGAGUGAUGCAUAUAAUGGACCCUGCAUUGGAAGGUCAGUAUUCUAUGAAAGAUGUUGUUCAAGUGGCAGCAAUUGCAGCAAUGUGUGUUCAACCGGAAGCAGAUUACAGGCCGCUGAUGGCCGAUGUUGUCCAGUCAUUAGUUCCACUUGUGAGAAAUUAUAGGACAACUUCAAAGAUUAUUGGUAGCAGUUCUAGUUCCAGCGCUACCAAGUCGCCUGCACCGCACGACAAUGCUAGUUCGGGAGACUGAAUGAAAGAAACAACAGGUUGCCUCGACGUGUGAUUUCUGUAAGCUAACAUACAUAGAUUUUAGAGCGGUUUGAGUUGUAAUAAAUACAUAUUCAUAUGCCAAUAGUUUAUUGUCUUAGCUGAAGGCUUUUGGUCGGUGUAUCGUGGAAAAUGAGAAGGUCAUAGGAUGUGUAAUCGAUUCCCCUUGUAGUUUGUUUGUGAUGUAAGUGACUAAUGUUUUGUAAAUGGGGAAGGCUGUAUUUAGAUUGUAUUUGUAGGCUUCCUGACCCUUGUGACUUGAAUAAAUGUAAAAGCUUUUGUUGUUGUAA